CUCGCUUUGUUUCAUUCACAGCGUGUUUCUAUUUUGAUUCUAAUUAAUUGACAUUUGCUUCAUUUGUUACGAUUGCAAACUUGACAAAACAAAGAAACUCUUUAUUCAGAGUUUUUCUUUUCUAUGGAGGGUUCUAGUGCACUCGAAACAACAAACCUUUCACUCGCAAAUGCCAACGAGCAAUUUUCUUCCCAGACCAAUAUUUUGGCAAAUAUUUUGGCAAAUAUAGACGAGGAAUCUACACGUACACCUGGUAGAAACGCUAUUGUUGCUUCGGAUUCUCCUUCAGGAACAUUAGAUCGAAUGUUAGACCGAAAUACAUCAAAAUCUGACGAAAUGAAAAACUCUAAUGAUCAAACGGGUGAAUUUGAAAGAUUCGAGAACGUUGAACUUGAAAAGGAAGAGAAACAUCCUGAACCGAAAAAGAAGUACCGUGUGCAGAAGAAGAAUAAUCGAUACUAUUUCCAGCAUCCCUACUGCCGACUGAUUAUUGCUUAUGUUAUUGUCUUUCUCAAUUUCCUGAUAUAUGCAGAGGAUCCUGUAUCACACAGUGUAGUUGAAGCUGAAUUACCUGUUGUGGGAAAUGAUGUUGGCUUUUUAAUCUUUAGAUAUCCACCUAGAGGAUGGUUUGUGCUGAAACUCUUCUUUUUCUUAUGUGGUGUAAUAACUGGCAUGUUGAUUGGGAAGUUUAUAAUCCACAAGCGUUUUCUAUGGAGAUUUCUCAAACUGCGCAUGUUCCAGGAUGAUCAAGGCUCAUGGAUGAUAAUGUUCUUGACCACAAUCCUUUCGUUGUUUGUUUUCUCUUAUAUUUUUAACGGUGUACUGAGCCUUGGAUCUAAUUUGGGUCGAUAUAAGCUGUCAAGUUUUUUCGGUCAAUCAAAUUCAAACUUCAUGAAAUUUGCUGCCCUUGGAACUUGGACCGGUGAUUUUGUUACUGCAUGGAUGGUAACAGAUAUGAUGCUACAGGAAAAGUUAUAUAAAACUUGGGCAAAACGACUGAGAAAAAUAUGGCGCCGUAAGUGGCAUCGAAUUAUUGCAUUCUGGACUGUAUGGAUUGUGGCCACAAUUAUCGUCGCCACUGCUAUAACGACUGAUUAUAUCAAUUGGGAUCGACUUAAUCGUGACUUCGUGUCCUCCAACGAACUUUCGCGCGCGUUUCUCGCUUCGGCCAUUCUUGUUAUGGACUUGCUGAUUGUAAUGCAGGAUUGGGAUUUUCCUCAUUUUCAGUCAGAUUUUGACAUCAAAUUACCAGGUGUAGACACUUCAUCGUUUCACAUCACGCCACCACGUUGUCUUAACAAAGAAAAUUGGGCUAUCCACGUGACCGGUAAAUGGUUUAACUAUGGCAUCAUAUUCAUUGUCAUGAUCUUAGAUCUGAAUAUGUGGAAAAAUCAAAUAUUUUACGAUCCAUAUACUUUUGGACAAUACACGGAUACCAAUGGUUAUAUAUACACUGUGGAGAAUACGACUUGGGUGAAAUAUGCUAAUAAAACCACACUUUCUUACGAAUGGCGAUGGAACAACAUCAAUCCAAUGACGAAUCGAACUUUUGGUGAAGAUGAUAAAAGAAUGAACUCGAAAUAUUUUAAUUAUUCUCUUGCUUUAAAAGGGAUGGCAUUUAUUCCUUCAGUUAGUGCAUUUAUCAUAUUUGGUGUGCUUAUAUUGCUGUACGGUCGUGAAAAAUCCACCACUGUGGUAUCGUCACGUGAUAAAGUCGACGGAAUAAUUAUUGACGAAUGGGAUGACGAGAACAAUUCUAAAUCUGAUGAAGAAUGUAAACCAAUCGGGGCCAAAGAAACAAGUAAAAAAGCAACACAGAAGAAAUCACCACCGAUACGAGUCGAAGAAAGCACAAACAAAAACGAACCUAUCCUUACUAAUUUUCAAACGACAACAAAAGUGUAAUAUGAACAUCGCAAGUUCGGGUUUUCUGAAUAUCGCAGGCUCAGUUCUAUACGAAUAUCGCAGGCUCAGUUUUAUACGAACAUCGCAUGCAUGUCUAAUUAUAAAUCGUAAGCGUUGUCUUAAUGAAACAUUAGUAAAGUGACUGGAGGAUGCAGAUAUUAACAUAUAAAUUAAUUUGAUUCUUGUAGUCUCGUUUCGCCCCUACGUAGAAAUGUUUUUUUCUGUCAACUGCACCCAUUCUCUAACUUAGUGAAGAACAAAUAAUUUGAACAUUUAAACAACAUUAAAUUAUUAUACUAUUAUAAGUCAUUAAUCAGUGGUGUUAUUGUACACUCGCACUUUUUGUACAUGAUUUGUCAUUGUAAAAAUUGCACAAUUAUACACAAAAAUGUAGCAGUUUA